AAUUCAGAGAUUUUCUGUUGGCAUUACGACGUGAAACCGGAUGGAAAUGUCGAUCCCAGUAAGGAUAUCCAGGGAGAGUUGAAGCGUAAGAAUGUCUUAAUUCAACGCCAUACGUUAGAAGAAACAGCAGGACAUUUCAAUAUUACAUCAGAUCAGCUGAAAGAAACUCUUUCAGAAUCUCUGAAGGAGCUUGCAAAAUAUCGGGUUGAAAAAAGACCUAAACCACAUCGUGACGAUAAAAUUUUGGCAGCAUGGAAUGGCUUGAUGAUUACUGGCCUUGCUAGGGCUUACGACUCGCUACGUGAUAAAAAAUUUUUGGAUCUUGCAGAAAGUGCAGCAAAAUUUUUGAAAGAAAAAAUGUAUAUUCUUGAGAAGAAAGUUUUGUUAAGAAGCUUUAGAGAAGGUCCUGGUGAUGUUGAAGGAUUUGUUGAUGAUUACAGUUACCUGAUCGAAGGAUUGAUACACCUUUAUCAAUCUUCUUCUAAUGAAUCGUAUCUUUCAUGGGCUAUUGAUUUGCAAGAUCGACAAAAUCAAUUAUUUUAUGAUGAACAAUCUGGAGGGUAUUAUAAUGUUAAAGAAGGUACCAAAGACAUAUUAUUGAGACUGAAGGAUGAUCACGAUGGCGCAGAGCCUUCAGCGAAUUCUGUCUCGGUUAGCAACUUAAUUUUGCUUGGUAACAUUGCUAAUAGCCUUGAUUAUAACGCUAAAGCUGAACAGACAUUGAAAUAUUUUGCGGGGAGAUUAAACUCAAUUCCAUAUUCAAUGUCUGCAAUGGUUGCCAGUUUGAUGUUACAUAUAAAAGGCGUUAAGCAGAUAAUGGUUGUGGUGUUUCAACAUCUGUUGCCAAAAUACAGUAUACUUAUAAAAGUAUAUCGAGGUACCAGAUCAAUUAUAUUUAAUGAAAGUGAAGAACCCAUCGAGAAUGCUGAAGGAUUACAAUCAAUAUAG